AGGCCCGCUGUGAUGGCGGAGGAGGACCCCCAGCAGCUGCAGACGGACCGCGGGGCGGGCCUGCUCCCCGCCGGGCUGCAGGGCGCUGAGGCCACCGCUCUGCAGCUCAGGAUCAAGAACUCCAUAUGCAAAUCUGUUCAAUCAAAAGUGGAAAACAUUCUGCUAGAUGUUGACAAGUUCUCGGACAUUGAAAAACUCUACCUCUACCUGAAGUUGCCUUCCGGUCCCAACAGCAGCAGCCCUGAUAAAAGUGACCAGAGUGCCCUGUCAUCAAGCCGCACGCAACAGGUGCAUGCAUUCAACUGGAUCCGCAAUCAUUUAGAGGAAUACCCGGAGACCUCUCUCCCCAAACAGGAGGUCUAUGAUGAAUACAAGAGCUUCUGUGACAAUCUGAACUAUCACCCACUCAGUGCUGCAGACUUUGGAAAAAUGAUGAAAAAUGUCUUCCCGAACAUGAAGGCGCGUCGACUUGGCAUGAGAGGAAAAUCAAAAUAUUGCUACAGUGGACUAAGGAAGAGACCUUUUGUUCACAUGCCAUCUUUACCCAGUCUGGAUCUACACAAACCAGGAGAUGGACUCCAGUGUGAUGUACUAGAGUCAUCUGGACAGCUGAGCAGCAUAAAAGAAGAGGUGCGAUACGCAGCUUGUGAUCUGGUGUGCGAGUGGGCCCAGAAGGUGCUGAAACGCCAGUUCGAUACUGUGGAAGACUUGGCUCGCUUCCUAAUCGACAGCCACUAUAUCAGCAACAAGUCCUUGGCAGCUCUCACAGUUGUGACCGGCACUAAAACAGACAUUACGACUCCUCAGAUGGUCUCAGCGUUCAUCCCCACUGCUGAGGCUCAUUCCUUUCAGCCUCAAGUAACAACCUUGUCAUCACCCACCAUCGAUGCAAAGCAGCAGCUCCAGAGGAAGAUCCAGAGGAAACAACAAGAACAGAAGCUGCAUUCACCCUUACCUGGAGAGGCCCAAACGAAGAGAGCAGACAGUGUGCCUUGCAGUAGCCCCGUCCCUCCAUCACCUCAGCCAACCAUAGGCAUUGUGGUCGCUGCUGUUCCGAGCCCCAUCACGGUACAGAGGAGCAGGCAGCUGAUGUCUCCCAGUCCAGUGGGAGCAGUGGAGAACAAAAUGUUGCCUAUUAACUUCCAAAUGGUGACCCAGCCAGCACAGCCACUGAAGCAAAGCCCCAAACCCCCCCAAAAUAUUCUAGCCAGUUCAGUGGGUGAACGCACAGCUCGGCAGCGGUAUGCACAGAUCCUGCCCAAGCCUUCAUCCACGACUGCUAUCACUUUACGUUCGCCCUCGACCAUGAUCAUCGCCAGCAGUCCCAUUAAGACUGUGAUGACUGCGUGUCAUGUCAGCCCAGUCAGUCUGGUCAAAAUGGCAGCCAUAUCGCUUGCACCCAACAGCAGCACCACCACUUCCCUUACAAAUACCAGUUUGCGGCCGGCAUCUGCAGGCAUCAGCAGUACAACAGUUGCCGAGGAUGUUGGCUCUAGUCAAAACAUGAGUGCCUCUGCUGGCCAUGUUCUGGCCCCGGUGGCCAGGCAGGGUCAGGCUACUGAUGCUCAUACCAUCGAUGUUGAAAUGGAAGUUGAAGCUAUACACAAGAACAGCCAAAACCAAAAUCCCAGUGGUCUCAUUCUGACUCGAGGAGAAAUGGCUAAUAGGGCUGGAGGAGCUGUGCAGAGGGCUGCCAGUGUGCCCAUCCCUCAGACGAGAGGCUUCCUGGGCCUGGAGGAAAUGCCCAGCUCUAAAUACAACGGAAACCCCUCCUCAAGCACCAACACUGUGGUGCCUAGUGAAGGCAGCAAUAAUAAUGCUAAUAAUACAAGCACUUUGCACUUAUCUCCCUCCACUCAGAAUACCAGUGCUGUCUCUACACUGAACACCAGCAGAGUACCUUCAUGUGGGGAACGCAGCAGUGCAACAUCAGCAAAGGAAGGUUUCUUGUCUAUUAAGAGCUUCAGGAAGCGCUCAGGCCUCAGCCCAGUCGUUUCUCCAAUCAAAAGGGUUUUUAUGCUGCAGCAGCCAGUAGAGGGCGCUGCUGGUUUUGGAUAUGGGAUCAGAAACACAGUUGGUAAUGUCCCCCGUCCAGGUGGUCCAGCUAGACCUGAAAGUGCCCCUGCCACCAGGGAGGUUGAGAUGACGAUGAACUCUGUCUUGCCCACUCAAGUCCAAACACUAUGCACUUCCUCUAUUCGAACCAGUGGCUUCUACACUGUUGACAAAACACAGAGCUCAAUGCAGAGGAGAAACACUUCCACUGUUAUGGAAACUAGCACCUCAGUCAGUCACGCAUUACUACAGCAACAGCAGGGGCACACGAUGGCUAAAGUGCAUGGUAUACCUAAUAAUGUCAGCCUCCAGAAACAUCCAUGUGUCAGUGAUCUUAGGAGUUCAAACUCAACUACAGGGAGCUUGGAGGGAGCUCAACAACAGACUUACACUCAGUCCACCCCCACUUCUGAACCCAUGGAUUUUUUGGAUCAAGCUCCAUCGUCGGGUCAGCUCCCUAUGCAGACAGAUAUGGAUUACUUUAACUUUGAUGAUGAUGUAACUCAGGACAGCAUCGUAGAGGAGCUGGUGCAGAUGGAAGAGCAGAUGAAACUGAACAACCUGCAGGAGUUUGGAGACAACAUCACACUGCAAGGCCAACAGGCUAUGAUGCCAGACAAUGUGAUGUCCACCAAUCAGACAAUGACUGCUUUCUAUCAUGCUGGAAACAGCAGCAGGGGAAACCCAAUCCAAACUCCAACCCCAACACCCACUCCCACAUCGGAAAUGAUGGGAGGAGUCCAAGGCCUGACCGGAGAGAGCCCUUGCUCCCGUAUUGCCUCCACAACCCCUGUGGACAGUGCUCUGGGAAGCAGUCGUCACACCCCAGCUGGUACUCCACACUCCAACUGCAGCAGCACUGUGCCUCCCAGUCCAGUGGAGUGCAGGAACCCCUUCGCCUUUACACCCAUCAACUCCAGCAUCACUGGUUUCCAUGAUGGCAGCACCGUCUCCAGCAGCCCUGUCAAGCCCAUGCAGAGGCCGAUGGCCACCCACCCAGACAAGACCAGGCUGGAGUGGAUGAAUAACAGUUACAACAGCAGCGUUGGGAGCUUAAACAAGUCUAACAGUGGAAUGGGAAUCUUACCCAGCUAUCAGGGCCUCAUAGAUGACCACUUUCAGAAGCCUCAUGCCUUCGCCAUCCCUCAUGCACGGCACCACGACAGUCAUUUUGGCCGCCUGACUCCCAUCUCACCUGUGCAGCAGCAGGUAGCCAGUAUGACUAACAUGACCAAGCAGGAGGGUUUUGCUGUGCCUGCCCCACUGGACAACAAAUCCACCAACUCUCCCGCUACAAUUGCAACCUUUCGAUGUCGCAGUGUAAGCCCUGCUGUACAUCAGAGGACCAUCAGUGGAAACACAGGAAACAGUGGCCUUCCCAAUAUCCCCCGAUCAGGCGUGUCUCCCUUUAAUUCUGCAGUGACACCUGAAGUGUUAAACAUCUUCGCCAACAGUCAGGGAAACCUUGGGGCGAGCAGCUUGGCUCAGAGGAGCCGCUCUGUGCCACUCAACAUCAUGAUGCAAACUGAGCUACUGCCCAUGCCGGGCCAACAGUGCAGCAGUAAAAACAUUACCAAUGUCCUGUUGAGCAAGCUGGAUGGGGACCACGAUGACACCUUGCGAGGUCUGGGCAUCAAUAAUUUACCCUCUAGCUACACGGCACGUAUGAACCUCACACAGAUCCUCGAGUCUGACCCCACCCUCUCCUGCACUGAUGACCACCUCAGCCUGAUGGCCUCCGACUCCACCAGCAGCUGCAAGUUGCAAAGGCCAAAUUACCUCAUCGGAAAUGCUAUUAAUGAACAAAUGAUUCUCUCUGCAGGUGAAAGCCGAGUACAAUCAGCCUCUGGAGAGCAGCAGGCCCAGUCCAUGCUGCUAGGUUUAAACUCACAGCAGCAUCAGCAGUUGGAUUUCUCCGUUAAAGACCUCCUAAACGACAACAGCCUCACUGCUGGCAAUCAGCUCAUGGAACAGGUGUCGGAGCUAACUACAGGGGGAACAGAUUUCCCUUGUGAAAUCAGAAUGACAUCGGAGCUCUCCAGUAGCAUUAAUGACCUUAACUCACUGGACACAAACCUUCUGUUUGACCCCAAUCAGCAGCAAUAUCAAAAUGCCGCUCCAGAGGAGUUGGCAAACGAUCAACUGUUUCAGCAAAUCACCAGCGAGACGGCACAUUCGAGCGGACUUGAGUGGCUUGAAAGCAAAGAUCAUCCAACCGUUGGGUUGAUUGGUUGAUCGUAGAAGCUUUUUAAAAUCAUGUUGAACAUGUUAAUCUGUGGUUGCUGUAUGUUUUUAUUUAUUUUCAGGCAUUUCAUUUUAUAAUGCAACACUGGACACUAUGAGGUUUGUCCAGUUUAAGUGCCACACUGAACUGAAAUGAUGCUGAUACACUCUGAUUAAAAUGCUGGUCGUUUCUUUUCAUCAGAGAACAUCACCUCAUGUUUUUGUUUAUGUUUUUCUUUCAAGAGCAUUUCCAACAAGUAAACAAAGGUACCGAACAAAAAAACAA